CGAGCAACUUGAAUUCAUUGGAAAGGAAAUGAAGACUUUACAGGUCGGGAUGCACGUGCACGUGAAGUAAAAUAAAAAUAAAUAAAUACACAAAAGACAUCCAGCCUGGAUGCGUGGCAGGAAGACAUUAAUAUGGCCUAGUACAUAGAUUCUCAACUUUUUGUAACUAAAGCCUCCCCUAUCAUGUGGCACGCCCCCCCAUUACUGGAGGAGACCAGGGAACCAGGGUGAUGCUAACUUCUGGGUGGCCUACAAAAAUACGUCAUCCCUGCAGGAUUUACGAUGUCCACAUUAGUGUCCGACACUUGAGAAGUGGACAUCCCUCGGGAGAGAGAAUUGGAGAAAGGUGGACUUCGGACUUGCUCAUGAAAGCAGUUUGCGUCUACUCAAUGAUGCGGUACUAAGUCCCAAGGACUUUUCUGUCUCUUCAAAUGAGGGUAACAAGUGUGUACUACAACAUUCUGCACACACUGGAGGACAGUCACCUGCUGGAUGUUAGCAACUGCUUGCAUUGAUUCAGCUGUCAUUAUGUCUUCCUGCCACGCAUCCAGGCUGGAUGUCUUUUGUGAGGGGUGGGACAACCAUCAGAUAGGACAAAACACAAUCUGACACCCAGUCAGUUGUGGAAAGUGGACCAGUUCCAAAAUCCACUUAUGGAUCCAGAGAAUGCAACCCUACCAAACACUGAACAGGAGUACAGCGGAUACUCUGAGGACCCAAACCUUGUGCUGCAUGUUCCUGUGCUUGAUAUUUCAUUAACAGACGAUGAAGCAGCAGAACUUAAAGAAACCAUUGACCCAGUGCAACAUUCUGAGUCUUUUGGAGUGGACCUCUAUCUUAGCACUGUCCAGUUUGUUGAGAGAUUAAAGUUAAUCCGUGCCAAAUUCCACUGACUCUUUCUUGCCUUGUUGUACACCCUGCUUAUUCUGUAUGUGUGGAGCUUUCAUUCUGCAUAUUUACCCACUGUACAAUGAUUAUUCACGUUAUUAGUAGAAAAUAACAGUUCCUUAUUUUAAAACACACACCAGAGUAUUUAUACCAACAGGUAUUAUUAAACAUGAUUUCAACAUUGGUGUACUUUAUAUCAUUUUUAACACGUGCAUGUGGUAUGUAUACUGUAUAGCAACAGGUAUUACUCUCACAAGUUUUCAACAUAUUAAUCCUUUUUUUUUUUUGCUAAAAGAAUGCUUCAUUAUCAAUACUGUCCUCAUGAUGUGUUUUCAAUCACAAUGAACUACAGUCCAAAAACAUUUUACUUCACGUGCACGUGCAUCCCGACCUGUAAAGGCUUCAUUUCCUUUCUAAUGAAUGUUGCUCGAAGCCAUGCUCCUUGAGUCCUGCACUCUCAGUACUGGUUUAUGAUCGGUCGAAUGGAAAGCUCGCAUCUGAUUGGCUACAGAGUACUACAGACCCACGUGGGAGGAAAGCGCGCUGCCAGGAAAGUCUCAAACACACACACACACACACACACAUCCAAGGCGAUUAGCGUGCGAAUGACGAUUUGCAAACUUUUUGUGCACAUCUAUGAAUUGUGUUUUGCGUUUGUGAAAUGUAUUUUUACUGAUAUAUCCUUUUAUUUUGCGCACGUGAAUUGCUUUUUGUGAAUAUACUCUUUUUUUUUUUUUUUUUACGUGCACGCGAAUUGUUUUUUCGUGCACGUGAAUUAGGUUUCGUGCAUGUGAAAUUGGCUACGCAUGUGUGCGUCAUGUAUUUAUUACUUUUUUUAUUUAUUGCGUGAAUUAUUAAUGAGACUGAUCAAGCUCCCUACUGCGUCACGCUUACAAUUGGCUCGCGCUACAGUCACUGAGCGCCACCGUUCCUGUGACGUCACAGCGGAUUGCUUCUAUAGCAACAUGUCUAUAGAACUUCUGAUCUCAGCGCAGGUAGAGCAAACAGGAGCAAAGAGACAUGAUUUUACUCCGAGCGCGUUGAGAGAACAAGUCUUUUCUUUAUUGUGAAGAAGUUCAGUGAGAAUUCAAAAUGCAGAAUUUUGGGUGGAAGGAUGAGAAGGUGUCUUUUUCAGUACCUGUGACACCUACAGAAAGCAGCUCGAGAACAUCGGCAGAGACACCCGAAACUGAGAAGGAGAAGGGUGGUUCAAGCAGAAUCGUGAAAUGGUGUUUCUGUAGAAAGAACAAGGAGCAUCCUGCAGCUUUUACAGAAAGUUCCAAUGAGAUGAUGCUUGAGGAAAACAUACAGAGUCAGAGGCCAGCCGCCUCUGGGGGAACCGUAAAGAGACCGAUUCCAACUGCCUCUGGGGGAACCAUACAGAGCCCAAGUCCAAGUCCCUCUGAGGAAAACGUACAGAGUCAGAGUCCAACUGCCUCUGAUGGAACCAUAAAGAGUCCAAGUCCGAGUCCCUCUGAGGAAAACAUAAAAAGACCGAUUCCAACCGCCUCUGGGGGAACCAUAAAGUGUCCAAGUCCAACUCCCUCUGGGGGAACCACAAAGAGUCCAAGUCUAACUCCCUCUGAGGAAAACGUACAGAGUCAGAGUCCAGCUGCCUCUGGGGGAACCAUAAAGAGACCGAUUCCAACUGCCUCUGGGGGAACCAUACAGAGUCCAAGUCCAAGUCCCUCUGAGGAAAACGUACAGAGUCAGAGUCCAACUGCCUCUGAUGGAACCAUAAAGAGUCCAAGUCCAACUCCCUCUGAGGAAAACAUAAAAAAAACGAUUCCAACCGCCUCUGGGGGAACUAUAAAGUGUCCAAGUCCAACUCCCUCUGGGGGAACCACAAAGAGUCCAAGUCCAACUCCCUCUGGGGGAACCAUAAAGAGACCGAUUCCAACCGCCUCUGGGGGAACCAUAAAGAGCCCAAGGCCAACUCCCUCUGGGGGAACCAUAAAGAGUCCAAGUCCAACUCCCUCUAUGGGAACCAUAAAGAGUCCAAGUCCAACUCCCUCUGGGGGAACCAUAAAGAGACCGAUUCCAACCGCCUCUGGGGGAACCAUAAAGAGCCCAAGGCCAACUCCCUCUGGGGGAACCAUAAAGAGUCCAAGUCCAACUCCCUCUGGGGGAACCAUAAAGAGUCCAAGUCCAACUCCCUCUGAGGAAAACAUACAGAGUCAGAGUCCAACUGCCUCUGGGGGAACCAUAAAGAGACCGAUUGCAACUGCCUUUGGGGGCACCAUAAAGAGACCGAUUCCAACUGCCUUUACGGGAACCAUAAAAAGACCAAUUGCAAAUGCCUUUGGGGGAACCAUAAAGAGACCGAUUCCACCUGCCUUUACGGGAACCAUAAAGAGACCGAUUGCAACUGCCUCUGGGAGAACCAUAAACAUCAUGACUUCAAUUUAUACUCUGUUCCCUGACACAGACUUUGACUCAAAACUGCUCCCUGGAGGGUUGCCUAAUUUUCUAAGCAACUGCUACAUUAAUGCAAGUCUGCAGUGUCUGUUUACCGCUGAGAGUUUCUGCAGAGAGCUCUCCGACCUGCUGGACAAUUCUACACACACACUGGAGUACUCAUUCCUCAGAUGUUUUGUGGAGUUAUGGAGGUUGAGAAACAGCUCUGAAGUUCAAGGUGACCGCAAGAAGGGUCUGCUCCUCCAGGCCCUGAUGAAAUCAGCUGCACACUACAACCCAGAAUUCACCAUCGACAUCCAGAAUGAUGCCCAUGAAUUCCUCUGCUACUGUCUGACCCAAAUGGAGGAGUCUGGGCGAAAACUGGGUUGGCAAGAGGAUGUGAACCCUAGAUGUCCAGUCACGUCCAAUUUCAAGUUCAAGAUGAGGAACAUUAUAACCUGCUCCAGCUGUGGAUCCCAACAGAACAACAACGUGGAAGUGUUUAAUCACGUCUCUGUGCCCCUGAAGCACGACUCAGUGGACCAGUGCCUCUCUGACGUAGUUCAUAAGCGGACAUUGUUAGAGAGCAAGUGCAAGGUGUGUGGAGGAGACUCUGCCAGCUCCAGGUGGAUGUUCCACACUCUGCCCAGGUUUCUGAUUCUGCAGUUGAACAGGUUCAGGAUGACGAAACGUUACACAGUGCAAAAGGUGGAGACGCCAGUGGACAUCACACCUGAGCUGCAGAUAAACUGCUUUCCUCAGUCAGACACGCCCGGAAUAGGUACGUCACAUGCAAAGAAUAGCAGAGCUGAGGCCAGAGAGACAGACAGAAAUGAACUGGGUGGAUCAACCUCUACCUAUCGACUGAUCAGUGUCCUCAACCACAUUGGAAGGACAGCAUGCUUUGGACAUUAUGUGAGUGACUGUUCCAGUCACAAUUCUCACCAGUGGAAGAUCUAUGACGAUGAGCUGGUCAGGCUGACCAGCGAGACGGACGUGUUAGAGAGGAGGUCGACCAGCGCCUAUGUGCUCCUCUAUGAGAGAGUGAGCACUGGCUGAAGCCCUUCCUCUUCUCCAGAAAGCUGCGAGAAGAUGGAUUUGUGAUGAGAGGUGUCAGGGCAAGUGAGAGUGGUGAUGGCAUAGGGGCACACAGGGUAAGACUAUAGAGUAUUUUGGUAAGUAUCUCUUGCGACGACCCUUUUGGUCUAGUGGACCUUGGAGGCAGAUCACGUUAAUAAAGCUCCACUAGUGUUGCAGGUGUCUGUUGCAGCCAGACUAUCUGCACCUGUGUGUUCGGCCCCUUGGACUGGUGAGCGGCUCGAUAACUGCACAGUAGCAAUCCAGGAAGUGAUCCUGAACUCUAGAGCCGAUAGUACGCAGGCCAUGUAUGCGCUAAAGUGCUAGCCUUUUUGCAGGGACUGCCAUAUAGUGGUAAAUCACCAUCUGUGCUGAAAAUGUAUGUGGCAGCCAUUUUGGCCUGACUGCAGCACACAGGAUAACAUCUAGUUGGGAGCACAUAGGUUUAUAACAGUGUUGUGAGCUAAGGAGCUAAGCACCUUCAUUUGCCUAACCCCUCCAAGAGCCAGCGUGUGAUCUUGCCAUCUUGUUGGAGGGUACAGGAUGCUGAUCUGAAAUUCAUAAGCGUAGAAUACUUUUUCCUUGCCAUCACCUGAGCAAAAAAAAAAAGUGGAAGAACUGCAUGCCUUGGUGAGAAGAUCACCCUGCAUGCUCUUUUGGCGAGAUGAUUAUGGAGUGACAUUCGUAGCUGAACCCAGGGUUCCUGCUUAAGGUUGUAUCUUAGACACUGUACUGUAGAACUGUACCUAAACACUUCUGCUGUAAACAUAAACACCCUCAGGUUCAUAAAGAACAUUUUUCCAACGCCCUCAAUACUGUUCGUGUAUAGUACAAGAUUUAGGAAGAGUAAUGAUUUAUAAUCUCACUAUCCUGUGUGCCCCAGAAGAGGAUGGGUUCCCUUUUGAGCCUGGCUCCUCUCAAGGUUUCUUCCUCGUCAUCUGAGGGAGUUAUUCCUCGCCUCUGGCUUGCUCAAUAGGGAUUUAAAUGUAUAUCCAGAGUUCUGGCAAGCUACACCACUGUCAUUUUAUGAUGGCAUGCAUGCGCUAGCACACUACUCGGGUAUUAGACACCACCCCUGGCGUUUAUCCAAUCUUCCCAGCAAGCUCAAGAUCUAUCACCAGUAAUUUCGAUUUAAUUUCAAUGUCUGCAGCUUUAAAAAUAAAUCGCAUUCUCAAAUCUUGCAA